AAGCGGAAGGCAUCAGCAUGCGCGCGGGCUCGGGCUUGGGUUGGCUGCUGCGGCUGCCUUCGGCGGCUCAGCGCGGCCGCGCUUCCUGCAGGAGAAGGACGCCGGCACGCCUUCUGCAGCCCUGGGCCGCGCUGGGCUGCCGCUGGCACGGCGGCUUCAUGGCCGGCUACGGCACGGAGCUGCGCGGGCCGCUCCACUCGCCCGAGUACCGCCUCUUCUUUAAAAAUUCAGAGGGUAAAUACAUUUCCCCAUUCCAUGAUAUUCCUCUGUUUGCUGGCUCAAAUGAGGAUGCGGAGAUUCCGGCAAAGAGAUCAAAGAUCAAUGGAAGUGAGAUUAUAUUUAACAUGAUCGUAGAAGUGCCUCGCUGGACAAAUGCGAAAAUGGAGAUUGCCACGAAGGAGCCAUUGAAUCCCAUUAAGCAAGAUGUAAAAGCAGGCAAGCUGCGAUAUGUGGCAAAUAUCUUUCCCCAUAAGGGCUAUAUUUGGAAUUAUGGGGCCUUCCCUCAGACUUGGGAAGAUCCCAGUCAUAAAGAUGAUAGUACAGGAUGCUGUGGUGACAACGAUCCCAUUGAUGUCUGUGAAAUUGGUUGCGAGGUUCGCUCGCUUGGUGAGGUUGUUAAGGUGAAAGUCCUUGGGCUUCUAGGUCUUAUUGAUGAGGGAGAAACUGACUGGAAGGUCAUUGCUAUCAGUGUGGAUGAUCCAGAGUCACAGAAAAUCCAUGAUAUUGAUGAUGUCAGGAAGUUCAAACCGGGUUAUCUCGAAGCUACAGUUGACUGGUUCAGAUUAUACAAAGUUCCAGAUGGGAAGCCAGAAAAUCAAUUUGCUUUUAAUGGCACAUUUAAAGACAAGGCAUUUGCUGUUAAAAUCAUUAAGUCCACCCAUGAGUACUGGAAAGCUUUGGUUCACAAAAAGGCUGAUGGAGGCGCCAUAAAAUGCACCAACCUCCUGGUGGAUACCAGUCCAUAUUGCUGUAAUGAAGAGGAUGCCCAAGCGAUUGUGCAAUCGGCUUCACCACCUGUGGAAGACUGUUCUGUUUGCACAGACGCUGAUAAGUGGCAUUUUCUUGGCCAGUGAUCACUAGUGUUGGCUGAUGUCAGACUGUGGAAUCUGACUACUUCAUCCUCUCCUCUCUCUUUCACAUGCGUGCACACACUGAAGAUAUGCAAACAAAAUCACCACUGACUGGAUUCUGAAGAUGCACGUCUUUGUGCAUAGCAAACUUUCCAUCUUGUAAAUAAAAGCGAUUUUUAACACUUUC